GGGAAGCGCCUGCGCAUGCGCGGAAGGGCAGCCUUGAGGAAACGGCAACUCCUCCUCCUCCUCCUCCUCCUGGCGAGCCUGAGCCCAGUCUCUCCCCAUAGCACUGAGCCUGUGGCUGCUCCCUCAGAAAAGGCCCGCGGAUUAGAGCCCCAUCCAUUCAAGAUUGACAGAGAGAGCAGUCCUGGCUGGGCCAACCUCAUGGAGAUAGUCUGGUUUGGGACUGAAAGGGAGCUUCAGGGGAGGCCAGAGAGGAUGUCAUUGUUGGCUGAGAAUUUUGGAGCAGAGCCUGUUCAGUUGAGAGAAGAGGGAGGGAAAGCAUCUUGGACCAGUUUGGUUCUUUAUCAAAGUGGUUCCAACAUGGAGAGACCCAACUCACCUGGACCUGAAGCAGGACUUGGGAGCAGUGGGGAAUCCUGGGGAAAAACUACACAUAAGUUCCUGAAUAUGGACCUUUAUAGCUCAGACGUACAGCUCCAGCGCUUCAGGCAGUCCUCCUACCAAGAGGGCAAGGGACCCAGAGAGGUUUGCAGUCACCUCUACGAUCUCUGCCGCCAGUGGCUGAAGCCAGAGCAACACACCAAGGCUGAGAUGCUGGACCUGGUGAUCCUGGAGCAGUUCCUGAGCAUCCUGCCCCCAGAGAUGGGGAGCUGGGUCCGAGAGUGUGGGGCAGAGACCUCUUCCCAGGCGGUGGCCCUGGCGGAAGGCUUCCUCCUGAGUCGGGCAGAGGACAAGAAGCAGGAAGAACAGGCCCAAAAAAACUUCAUUGAAGUCCAGUUUGAUGUCCCUGCAUCAGAAAUAUCUCACUCAGACAACACCCAGAGCCUCCAGCAGAAGGAGAUGAAGCAGGAAGGGGAUGGGGCUGCAGUAUUGCAGGGGGCUGGAAUGAUGUUGUUGCCGAAUCCUCAGUCGUUUCUUCCCCUUUGUGAUGGAGUGGAUCUGAAUCAGGGACCAAUUGCCUUUGAGGACGUGGCUGUCCAUUUCUCCCCAGAGGAGUGGGUUCUUCUGAAUCCUGAUCAGAAAGUCUUUCACAUGCAGAUCAUGGAGGAGAUUAAUGGGAUUGUGGAUUCUCUUGCAGAUAACUGGAAGAAGAGCAAUGUAUGCACCAAACACAGAAAGCAUUUGGGACACAAUGGGGGCCUUUCUAUACAUCAGCAAACCCAACGAGAAGAUGGAGAUUCUGCCAGAGAAAGGCCCUACAAAUGCAAUGUACGUGGGCAGUGUUUUACCCAAGAUAUGGCACUUGUGCUUCACAAUACACUCCAUGCUGGGAAAGGCCUUUGUAAAUGGAAAGUAUCAGCAAAAUGUGUUACUGAUUACAAAUUGCCACAUCUGAGUCAAGAUGAAAUCUUUGAAGGAACUGAGGAUUUCAUAAGUCAGGAGUAUGGGAAAACUUUUAUCCAGAGUUCACACUUGGUGAAACACGACAGAUUUCACACAGGGCAGGAACCAUACCUAUGCCAGGAGUGUGGGACAUAUUUUCUUUUCAGUUCACAAUUGCUGGGGCACAAAAAACUUCACACAGGGUACAGUUGGCAGAAGUAUGGAAAAUGUUUUACUCAGAAUACACACCUUAUAGACCACUGGAGAUCCCACACAGCAGGAAAGCCAUACCAAUGCCAGGGGUGUGGGAAAUGUAUUACUUGCAGUUCAAACUUGAUGAAGCACAAAAGACUCCACACAGGGGAGAAGCCACACCAGUGCCAGGAGUGUGGGAAAUGUUUUGCUUCCAGUUCACACUUGGUGAGCCACAAAAGACUCCACACAGGAGAGAAGCCAUACCAAUGCCAGGAGUGUGGGAAAUGUUUUGCUGCAGGUUCGGUCAUGAUGAGGCACGAAAGACUCCACACAGGAGAGAAGCCAUACCAAUGCCAGGAGUGUGAGAAAUGUUUUACUAACAGUUCACACUUGAUGAGUCACAGAAGACUCCACACAGGAGAGAAACCAUACCAAUGCCAGGAGUGUGGGAAGUGUUUUGCUUAUAGUUCAGACUUGUUGAGGCACAAAAGACUCCACACAGGAGAGAAGCCACACCAAUGCCAGGAGUGUGGGAAGUGUUUUGCUCGCAGUUCAAACUUGAUGAGGCACAAAAGACUCCACACAGGAGAGAAACCAUACCAAUGCCAGGAGUGUGGGAAAUGUUUUGCUUACAGUUCAGCCUUGGUGAGGCACAAAAGACUCCAUACAGGAGAGAAACCAUAUGAAUGCCAGGAGUGUGGGAAAUGUUUUGCUUCCAGUUCAGACUUGGUGAGCCACAAAAGACUCCACACAGGAGAGAAGCCAUACCAAUGCCAGGAGUGUGGAGUAUGUUUUACUCGCAGUUCAAGCUUGGUGAGUCACAGACGACUCCACACAGGAGAGAAGCCAUAGAUAUGUCAGGAGUGUGGGAAAUUUUGUUUGCAAUUCACGCUUGGAGAACCGCAAAAAACUACACACAGGAAAAAAGGGUGAAAGUGCCAGAAGUUUGGGAAAUGUUUUACUCAGACUUCAUCCCUUAACAAGCACCAGAGAAUACACAUGGGCUAAAAAACAUACAAAUGCCAUGGGAAAUGUUGUGUUUGGGUUUCAUACCUUUUGAACUAUCACAGAAAAUAUACAGGAGAGACAUAAUCUAAAGAGCUGGGAGAAAACUAAUAAAAUGAAUUGCAACAGGGAAAUUGCACUUUCUGGACAUUGUGGUGCUGUAGACUAUACAUUCAACAUUUCCCAAUGAAUACAUGUUAUUCCCUUGACUUCCAGUACCACUUGGUUUGACUUUUGGACUUAUUUCUUACACAAUUCUCUUCGUAGUUUUUAACUUUUUUCAGUUUUCUUGCUUUUUUUGACUUGGGACUGUUUUGGAAAACUCUUGCUUCUCUGGACACUCAUAUCAUCUGAUUUCAAAUAGGACUGUUUGAUUAGUUCUGCAUAAGAUUUUGUAGAUUCCCAUUUCUUAUUAGCAUCCCUAAGUUGAGGUCCUUUUUGGAGAAGCAGAAAGCAAGCUUUCUGUGACAAUCCUAUAAUAAUCAGAGGGUUAAAUUACGAUUUGUCAUGUCACAUAAUUUAAAAAGAAAGUAUAUGUAAUUCCAUCAGUUGUUCCCCUGGGCUGUUUUCAUCUCCUUUACCACCUUGGCUGCAAAUUUCCAGUUUACGAAUGUUGUUGUUUUUCACCUGGGAUUCAAAAGUUGUUUACUCAAUAAAAUAAAGUUAUUAAUAAAGUUA